CACAACGAGGCCAUUUCUCACCCCCGCCCCCCGCCCCACACCCCACUAACCCCCGUCCUGGUCCGGCUCGCGACCGUGCAUACGAUACCCUUUCCCCGCCAGUGAUCGCACACCCGAUCGGACAACAAUGGAUACCGCUGCGCUUCGUGAAUGCAUCGGCUCUACACUGAGCGCCAAUGCCGACAUUCGGAGACAGGCUGAACUGCAGCUGAAGGCGGCGGAGGUGCAAAAAGGUUUUGUCGCAGCUUUAACGGACAUCGUCUCGAACGACCCAGAUGCGAACUUCCGGCACUCAGCCGUUAUUUACCUCAAGAACAAGGUCACCCGGUCUUGGGAAUUCAACGAGGAAUGGCCUAAGAUUCCCGCCAUCCCCGAAGAUGAGAAGGCCAUACUCCGCGAGCGUCUCAUCCCUACCCUCGCGUCGGCACCGCCCAACAUCCGGCAACAGCUGAUGCCACUGAUUGGCAAGGUCUUGCACUAUGAUUUCCCCGAGCGGUGGCCGAGUUACAUGGAUAUCACCCUGCAGCUUCUGAACUCUGGCGACAUCCAGUCGGUCUUUGCGGGUGUGCAGUGCUUGCUGUCUCUGACGCGGGUCUACCGCUUCAAGCGGGACACCACUAAGCAGGACGAGAUGGAGCGCGUUGCGCAGGCGACCUUUCCCAUAAUCUUGGCUAUCGGCAACAGACUGGUUGACGAAACCAGCACGGAUGCGGGUGAUAUGUUGAAGAUGAUCAUUAAAACCUACAAACAUGCAACUUAUUUUGAAUUGGCACCGCAUCUACAGGAUCAGUCGUCAAUCGUUCCUUGGGCGACCCUGUUCAUCAAGGUCGUCCAGAAGGAGCCCCCGGCGGAGUCUAUGGUCGAGGAUUUGGACGAGCGGGAAAUUCACCCCUGGUGGAAGGCAAAGAAGUGGGCCUUCGCGAAUCUUAACAGGAUAUUCGUUCGUUACGGAAACCCCCAAGGAGUCACUAGCAACGACUCCUACGAGGAGUUUGCCAAGCACUUCAUCGACAACUUUGCGCCCGAAAUCUUGAAGGCGUACCUUCAGCAGAUCGAAUUAUGGGUGUCGAAGCAAAGGUGGUUGAGCAAAAUCUGCCUGUCCAACAUCCUCGCCUUCUUGGAUGAAUGCAUUAAGCCCUCCGCCACAUGGAAGCACCUUGGCCCCCACGUUGAGAACCUGAUUGCGCACGUUCUCUUCCCGCUGCUGUGUCAGACCGACGAGGACCUCGAGAUGUUCCAUGAGGAGCCCGCCGAAUACCUCCACCGCAAGAUUAACUUCUAUGAGGAGGUUUCGGCACCUGAUGUGGCCGCUACAAAUUUCCUGAUGACCUUGACCAAGAGCCGGAAGAAGCAGACAUUCACCGUCCUCAAUUUCAUCAAUGGCGUGGUCAACCGCUACGAGACGGCUGCGGAUGCGGACAAGAACCACAGGGAGAAGGAGGGUGCUUUGAGGAUGAUUGGUACUCUGUCCAGCAUCAUCCUUGGCAAGAAGAGCCCGAUCGCCGAUCAGGUUGAGUAUUUCUUUGUGCGUCAUGUGUUCCCCGAGUUCCGGAGUACCCAGGGCUACCUGAGGGCCCGAGCUUGCGAUGUCCUUGAGAAGUUCGCCGAUCUCGACUUCAAGGAUGAGAAUAAUGUGGUUCUCAUCUACCAGAACAUUCUCCAGUGCUUGAAUGAUCCGGAACUUCCCGUUCGGGUCGAGGCGGCUUUGGCUCUUCAGCCUUUGAUUCGCCACGACUACAUCCGGACGUCGAUGCAGCAGAACAUUGCCGACAUCAUGCAGCAGCUUCUCAAGCUUGCGAAUGAGGUCGAUGUCGACGCUCUGGCGACCGUCAUGGAGGAGUUCGUCGAAGUCUUCGCAGCCGAGCUUACGCCGUUCGCCGUGCAGCUUACGGAGCAGCUUCGGGACACCUACUUGCGCAUCAUCGGCGAUGUUAUCGAGAAGGGACAGGGCAGCACUGACGAAGAUACGGAGACUUACCUCGACGACAAGAGCAUCACGGCCCUCGGUGUGUUGCAGACCAUUGGUACUCUGAUCCUUACCCUAGAGAGUACUCCGAAUGUGCUGCUCCACCUCGAACAAAUCUUGAUUCCUGUCAUCACCAUCACUCUUGAGCACAAGUUGGCGGAUCUAUACAACGAAGUGUUUGAGAUUAUCGACAGCUGCACAUUCUCCGCCAAGGCUAUCUCGCCGACCAUGUGGCAGAUUUUCAAGCUCAUCCACCGGUCGUUCAAGGACCGAUCGGAGAUCUUUAUCGAGGAGAUGCUUCCUGCCCUGGACAACUACGUUUCGUACGGUCACGAGAUGCUGAAGCAGCAACCAGAGUAUAUGGAGGCCAUCUUCGACAUCAUUCAGACCAUCUUUACGAACGAGCGUCUGGGUGCUAUGGACCGCAUCUGCGGUUGCAAGCUUGCCGAAGCUGUCCUUCUCAACAUGCGCGGACAUGCCGACAAGUACUUGAACCACUUUAUCGAGAUUUCCAUGCAGUGUUUGUUGGCGGAAUGCGAGGUCAAAUCGUACCGUGUCCAUCUUAUGGAGAUGGUUAUCAACUGCAUCUACUAUAACCCUGCCGCGACACUCCAGGUUCUGGAAAGGCACGGCUGGACCAACAAGUUCUUCAGUCUAUGGUUCUCCAACAUCGAGAACUUCAACCGUGUACACGACAAGAAGCUCUCGAUUGUUGCCAUCGUGGCUUUGAUUCAGCUGCCCCCGGACCAGGUGCCCCCAAGCAUCCAGCCUGGAUGGCCAAAGCUCAUGUCGGGCAUCGUCAGCUUGUUCCAGACUCUGCCAUUGGCGAUGAGGCACCGCGAGGAUAUCUCGAAGGAUAGUUUGAACUUUGACGACUCGUACGAGAGUGACAGCGAGAACGAGUGGGAUGGCGAUGCCGGCUGGGAUGGCGAAGAAGGGCUUGACGAGGCGGAUGUUCCCGACGAGAGCGCGGCGUACAUGGAGUUCUUGAACACCGAGGCGCAGGCCCGGGCCGCCAUCGACUUCACUUACGAUGAGGACGACGAUGAGGCGUUGGAGGAGGAGACGCUGCUCGAGACCCCAUUGGAUCAUAUCGAACCAUAUCAGCUGUUCCGAGGAGCGCUGCUCGGAAUACAACAAGUUCAGCCACAAGUAUACGAGGCCCUCACCAAGGAGCUGACAGCUGACGAGAAAUCGGUUAUCACGAGCGUGUUCCACGAGGCGGAGCAGAAGAAGUUGGAGCAGGAGGCACAGAUGGCUGCUGCCGCCGCUACCGUGGUACUGAGUAAUGGGGCUUAAGUAACCGGUGGGGUGGUGGAGGUGGAGGGCACCGACCGACAUACAGCUUGUGUGGGGGGGACCAUGUGAGGUGAAAAUAAAGGGCAUUCUGGUGGAAUGGAAACGAUGGAUGGAUGGGUGGGAUUUGUUUUUUUUUCUUCUUUCAGUUGUGCGAUUCGUGUCAAUUUCUAACUUAGUUUGGGUGUUGUGUUAUGUUACUCUUCUCCUUUUCUUUAUUUCACAUUUUUCUUUCUUCCCUUUUCCUAAAUGGUGGUGGUGGUGGUGGGGGUCGGGUGGAUGUAGGUUGUCAUAGUUGUUGCUGCAGAUGGUGCAGAUGUAGUGGUAUGUAGUGGUUUAUCGCGGUUGGUGCGGUUGGUGCUGUGCGGUUAGAAUAUUAUUGGGAGUCUUACAUU